AUGAAUGAAAGGAAACAAGAACGACAUAAACAAACGCUUCGGCAGGAUUAUAAAUCGUUAGACUUAGGAGACGAUAUUCAAUGUGAAUCAAUAACUGCUACGUCCUGUUCACUAUCAACAACACUCGACAAGCAUGAUGUCUUAAUGUCCAAGAAAUUAAUUGAGCAAAAAAAUAUAUUUCAUUCGUGUAAUUGUAUCUUAGAAAAGACAAAUAGCAAUGAGGAUGAUCAAACAACGUUAUCGUCAUAUUCCAAUGAAUCAACAUGUCAAAAGAUUAUAAAUGAAAAAAAUACUCACUCCCAUAAAUUAUUAUCAAAUGAAAAUCUGCCAGAAAAUUCUAUUAUGAAUAGAAAUCAAAAUUUAUGUACAGUUUUAAAAGAUUGUGUUGUGUAUGGGGUUGAUUGGAGUUUUAGUGCUCAGCCACAUUCUCACUGCUGGUAUCCAUGUUUCAAAGACAACUUGAACGCUUAUUUUUGUCAAUAUUAUAAUUGUAUUAACGAAACAUUUUUAUCUAGUACAAUGCCAAAUCGUAAUAAUAUCACUACUAAUACUAAUACUGCUACUAUUACAAAUACGAUUUUAUUACAGUGUGCGUCAUGUUCAUUUAUCAUUCAUUCUCAUCACUUAUUAUCUUUUACACCACAAAUUCCAUCUUGUCGUUUAACAUUUAUUGACAAUAAAACAGAUUCAUCUUCUUUCGAUAAACAUUUUUGGAUACCUAUAAAUCUUUUAACAAGCCCAUGCAAUUCUUGUAAAAGAAAAACAAAUCUCCUAUUUACACGACCCAUGUCAACAGCAGUUGAACGAUAUAAAGUAGAAAAUUCGACAAGAACAACGAUGACAUCAAAAUAUGUUGUUUGUGGAAUCAAAUGUGUAUGGUGUUCUCGUAUAUAUCAUAAAAAAUGUUUUGAAAAAUUAAGUCAAUCAUUAAAAACAGACUGUGAUUAUGGAACACUAAGAAAUAUUAUUGUUCGUCCACAGUGCAUCCGAAAAUAUCCCGAUCGAUUUAAGGCCAUUAAUGAUGAUAAAACAUCGAACACAGAUUCACCUUUACUCGUAUUCAUUAACAGACGUAGUGGUGGACAAACGGGUGAAAAAAUAUAUAAAAAGUUAUUAAAAAUUCUAAAUCCAAGACAAAUAUUUUUAUUAGAGAAUAAUCAAACAAUAUUGAAUGCUCUAGAAAUUUAUUCUGAUCUACCAAAUAUUCGUAUUUGUGUUUUCGGUGGUGAUGGAAGCAUUGGAUGGGUUUUAGCAACAUUAGUCGAUUUUUAUCAUGGUAUUAAUAAUCCACCAGUAGGAAUUUGUCCUAUUGGAACAGGAAAUGAUUUAUCUCGCGUAUUAGGUUGGGGUGAUGUAUAUGAUAGUAAACGUUUAUUACCAAUAUUAUUACAAAUUCCAAAAUCACAUUCGAUUCCAUUAGAUCGUUGGCAUGUUGUCGUUGAACCAUUUUCACAAAUAUCAACUACAACAACAAAAAUGACUAGUUCCACUAUCAUUGAUAAUAAACGUCCGAAUAAAUUAGAAUUUUGUGAUCUUACACAUCGACAAGAUUUUCUCAUCAAUCAUAAUGAUCCAAAAUUUGUACGUCAAACAAAUCGACCAUCUUAUCUAAAUCAUCGAACAUUACCAAAUUCAUAUUUUAUUAAUUAUAUGAGUUUUGGAUUAGAUGCAGCUAUUGCACUUGAAUUUCACGAUAAACGAACAAGAGAACCGGAAAAAUUUUCUAGUCCAUUUAAAAAUAAACUCAUGUAUUUGAAUGAAAGUCGAAAAUAUAUGGGAGAUUUUACAAAAUCAAAACGAUGGGAUCUAAGUACAUAUAUCAAACUUACAUGUGAUAAUAGAAACUAUACAGACUCCAUACGUAAUUGUCAUACACUUAUCGUACUUAAUAUUCCUGGUUAUGCAUCGGGCACAAAUCCAUGGGGUAAACAAUCUACUCCAAAUUCUUCUCUAUCAACUAUUCGCGAUUUUAAUCCGUUAGAUCGUAUAUCAUCUACAUCGAUCAAUCUAUCAUCAAUUAAUGAAUCGUAUAAAUUACUACCAUUGAAUAAAAAUUCUUCUGAAUUAACGGCAACAGCAACACCUACAUCUCUAACAUUUAGUGAACAAAAUUUUAGUGAUAAAAAGCUUGAAGUUGUUGGUUUAUCAACAAUGCAUAUGGGACUCAUUCAUGUAGGAUUUUCCGGUAUUCGUAUUGCACAAUGUAGUCAAGUACAAAUUGAAAUUGAGACAUCAAUGACAGCUCAAUUAGAUGGUGAACCAUUUUACUUACAAGCAUCAAACAUUGUCAAAAUAAAACAUUCCGGACAAGUGAUGGUACUUCGCUAUUCAAAUUAG